CGCCACCACGACGAUUCUCCACGUUCGGUCGUAGUCGCACACGGCACACACGCAGUAACCGGCGUCCGCGUUCGAGGUGUCCGCUCAGUGUUGCGAGACUGGUGCUGUGCUAUGCGUUCGCCGACGGUCAUCGUUUCGGGUGGUGCACGGGAUCGUCGUCGUUGCUGCAGUGACGGCGUUUGACCGCUGCGAGAGAAGUCGUCUGCGUUUCACUGCCGGAGUAAGCGCGCGCGCCCGCGCACACGCGUGCAACGACUAUUAUUAUAUUUUAUAUUUUUGCGCGUCGCACUCGCGGUUCGCUCGCACGUAUUAUAAUAAUAUAAACAUAAUAACAUAUUAUAUAUAGUACACGGCACAUAUGCGAACGGGAUAAUAACAAAGACGGCGUAUGAAAUAUACGAUUUCACAUAAUACCGCCGCGGUAAUAUCAAUAACACAAUAUAAUACAUAGCACCUGCUGCUGCAGAGCUUGUAAUAAUAAUAACAUAACGCAGUGCCGAGUGACAUGGCCGAGACGAUGAUAGUGUCGGACGACGCGACGGCGACUAGCACGUCGGCGCUCGUCGACCAGAUAAUCGUGGCCAAGACGUUCGCCAUGCUCGUCCUGGGUUUGGGCUCGUUCGUGCUGGGCGUCGUGCCCCUGAAGCUGACCAAGUGGUGGCGGAUGGACCCGGCGGCCGGUGCCGGGACCGCGGCCGCGUCGUCGCACCACGGCGGACACUCGCACGGCGGCGACUCGGCCACCGGUUCGCCGGCCGUGUCGCUGCUGCUGUGCUUCGGCGGCGGCGUGCUGCUUUUCACCACGUUGCUGCACCUGCAGCCCGAGGUCCGGGAGGGCGUCGGCCGGUUGCAGAAGACCGGACAGCUGCCCGACGGACAGGGUACCGAGCACCUGGGCGACCUGAUAUUCUGCGCUGGGUUCUUCAUGGUGUUCAUCGUGGACGAGAUCGUGCACUCGGUGCUUGAUCGAUGCGCGGCCAGUCACGUGGACCGCAGCUCCGCCGAGGAGGUGCUCCACCGGUCGAUGAGCUUGAGGCGGCGGACCAUGUCCAUACCGAGGGCCUCGCUCGCCGGCAGCGGAGGUUCGCCCAGUUCCGUUCCGUCGGUGACCGGUGGCAUGUCGGUGGCCAGCAACAAAGAGCUGUUGAAUAACGAGGGGCCGGGCAAGCCGCACGACAAGCGGUAUCGGCCGGCGGGCUGGGGGUGCGGCACUACGGCACCGUCGUCGGCACGGACAGUGCACCGGCAACGGGUCGGCGGUGGCGGCGACGACGACACAGAGAAACAGAUGAAGCUGGACAGCGACGGCGGCGGCGGGCCCGACGGCGGCCACUCGUUCCGGGGCCUGUUCGCGGUGCUUGCGCUGUCGUUCCACGAGGUGUUUGAGGGCCUGGCCAUAGGGCUGGAGGAGCGCGUCGACAACAUGUGGUACCUGUUCAUCGCCGUGGCCACGCACAAGCUGGUCAUCGCCUUUUGCAUCGGCCUGGAACUGGCCUGGUCCAAGACCCGGCGGCCCGUGCUCGUCAUGUACGUGGCCACGUUCGCACUUGUCACGCCCGUGGGCAUCAUCAUCGGCAUGGUGCUAGUGCAGUGCGGCACUGGUGGCACCGUGGACGGAUCUCCCGGACGGGUGGCCGUCAUCCUGCAGGGGCUGGCCGCCGGCACUCUGCUGUACGUCGUGUUCUUCGAGGUGCUCGCCAGGCACAAACAGUCGGGAUUCUUGCACUUGUUGUCCAUUAUGUUCGGAUUCAGUAUUUUGCUCGUAUUGCAAUUGAUGACUCAUCAACACAGUCACGGAGCCCCGGUUGACAACCAUCAACAUUCGGAUCACGAUCAUUCAUCACACGAACACGAACACGAACACGUGCACGAUCAUUAGAAUUUCUCAAUGCUUUGAGUUACCAAGUAUUUUAUUAAGCCUAUCGUGAUCUAAGUUUGAUGUAGAUUGUAUUUUGUUAUUAAGUUAAGCUAUCAACUAUUUUGUAUUGUUUAUUUAUAUUUAUACAAUACGCAUAUAUAUACGUAUAUAUAGGUGAUUUUAUUAACGUAAAACACUUUAUAUAGAGCUUCAAAUUUUUUAUUUAUUUAAAUUUUAUUAUGCAUUUUGAAGGACAUUCGACUUUUAUUGUAAAUUUAUAUAUCAUAACAUUUUCGCAAAAAGUCUAUUCUAUAUUAUUUUCAUACAAAUGAUUUUUUUUAUUAAUCACAACCAUCAUAUCAUAUUCUUAGAUAGAAAUUUUUUAUUUACAAAUAAAUCGAACAUUAAAUAAACCAAUAUAAAUUAUAUUAUUCAUAAAUUAUGAUUUAUGAGCAUAUUAUAAGAAUUUAAUAAUAAGCAUGGAGUGGCGGGAAAUGUCUUCAUAAUUUGUUGGUUCACUAUUUUACUCAUUGAUUUAAAAUAAAUGCUUAGGUACCUACUAAUAAAUAAUUGAUUUUAAAAAAGCAAACAAUUGAAAAAUUAUUAAUAUAUAAUUUUUUAUUAUUAUUAUUUAUUUUUUAGUAAUGCUAUAGCAUUUAAAAAUAUAAAUCUUUUUUUUCAAAACCAGAACAAUUGACUGAAAAUUUGAGUUUUUAAUAUAACGUUAAAUAAUGAUUAUUUUGUAUGUAUAUGUAUGUGUGUGAUAUAUUGUAUAUAUUAUUAUAUAAAAGAAAAUAAUAAAUUAUUUUUUUCAUAAAUCGACUUUACCAUACGUACCUACUCUAUUUUCUGAAAAAAAAAUGAGGUGAAUAAUUAAUCGAUUCUUUAUUUUGUGCUACAUAAUGCAUUUGGAAUUAUUAUUAGAAUGUGCAAUAUUAUUUUGUUUUAGACUUCGAUGUGGUUUUUUUGUGUCUGAAACCUAACGUCACCUUCAGAGAAAAAAAAUAAUUUUUAAGCAUUGUGGUUACAUAUGCGUAGAGACUUAUUGAAAUUUUCACUAAAUAUUAAUAUUAGUAUUUUCUCAAAUCAGUUUUCGUAUUUGUGUACAAUGCUUUAUUUCAUUGGAUUUAAAUUUAACACAUCCAUUACAAUGACAAGGUUAGAGGUUUAAAGCAUAAUUGACACCUACUAUACAAUAACAGAGUAAACUUGAUUUUUUAAAAAAUAUUUUUACAUCACAUCAUAAUUUAUUAAAGUACUUAAUUAUAUGUUUGUUGAUUUUGAGUUUUGACCAGAAAACACGGAUUCAAUUGUCUUUAUAAAAGUAUAGAGUUUACUAGACUGUAAGUAAUAUAAUCACUAUUCACUAAUAUAGUACUAAGGAAAAUAAGCAUAUAAUAAUUUCGGUUCACUUUAAAUUACAUUCGCACAAAAAUAUUACCGUAACAGUGUUACGAUUUCUGAUCUCUCCCUUUUAUUCGAUCAAUUUUUAUAUUGUCUGCGUUAUUUCUAUUCACUUAUAUUUUUGACGAUAAGUCUUUGAAUAUCCAUACUAUACACUUUCACCACGCGUUUGUGGUAGGUACAAAUAACAUAGGUAACAACGCAUGACAUAAUAAUAUGACAUAUUUAAAUAUGUAUAUCCUAUGUAUAUGUUAUGAUAAAUUAUGUUAUAAUAUAUGGAAAAUUACGUUAUUAACGUUAUAUUGAUCAAAUACAUGAGUAAUUAUAUUAUUAUAAGCCGGAUAAUCAUGUUAUUGACUAAAAGUACAGGUAAUUAUUAUUUAUUAUUAUAAACCAAAUAUUCACCUGUGAAUCCCACCAAAUAGUAUAAUUUGAAAAAUGAUAUGUAAUUAUUUUUUUAAAUUGAUAAAAUGUAUUAUUAUUAUAAAUAAUUUAUUAAUUGCUAUUUGCUUUCACAAGUCGCAUUUCCGCGAACCUUUAUGUUUACUAUUACACAAAUUUUCAGCAGGGCAACACGCAAAAUUGUUUUGUUGCAACCGGCUUGCAAUGGUAGCGCUGGUAUCCUAUAAUGAGGAUCCGCAACAUAAUUAUUUUCAGCUGAUUCGCUUAGUGUCAACUGUUCAUCAUCUAUACUAAUUUUAUUUUAUUAGAUCGUCCAUUUUCAACAGAUUUUUUUCAUGAGGAGCUAUUUCUUUUUUAGAAAUAGAGAAUUAAGAAAACUAUGUUCCGUAACUAUAUUAUACAAGGAAAAAACUCUAACCAGUAACAGUAUUAGUUUUACCUGCGAAUUCGGAAUUACACAUUUUCGAAAAUUAGUUUAGUGACCACCUUGAUUUGUGGGACAUCUAUCUUAUAAUAAAUGCAUUUACCUAGGUCGGACUCGAAUAUGUCAAAUAAACAGCAUAAUUAUAAUUCAUAAAUAUAGGAUUUUCCAUUUCAUUUACUAAAAAAUAACAAUAAUAUUAAUGAUCAAUACCAUUACUUUCCGAUGUAACAAUUAUAGGUACGCGUGUCUCUGUAGGAUGUUAUGUAGAUCAUGAACGUAUCUAUAAAUGUUCUAACGACAAACAAUAUAAUACAAAAUAAUUGCAUUUUGUAAGGAAAAAAGGUGUUAAUUAAUGCAUUACGUAGAUAUAUUAACUAUUAGGAACCUAUAUAUAUUGGAUAAUAAAUUUGUGUGUACCACCGUAAAUUAAUCUGUGUAUGAUUUCAGGAAUAACUGCAGAGUUUUAUAAAUCAUAACAAAUAUAAUAUAAUGUUUGUUGUAAAAUUAUUUUCCCAAUUAUUUACAUUCAAUUAAAUUCGAACAAAAUAACCGGUAUACAUACAACGAAAAAGUAAGUACUGCAUAAACCCCGUACAGAAAACAAACACGACCCUUAUACUACAUAUAAGAUUAAAUAUUUAUUUUCAUGAUAAAAAUAUCAAGGAUGAACCUAUAUUAACGUCAAAUCGACAUGAAUAGGGGUUUUUUUAAACAUCAUAUUAAAAGUAUCAUCAUCAUUCAUCGUUAAAAUGUUGAUGCUUUGUUAAAAAUGAAAUCGAUAAUUUCGAAAUUCUUGUAUUAUUUAUGUUACUCAUAUUAGGUAAUAUAUAUAGACACAUUAAUACUUAGUAGUUGUUUAGUAAAUAUAAAUCGUAUUAAAGUCGGCAGUUAAGUAGCAACUAUAAAAUUGGAGUGCCUUCACCGACGAGCGAUCAAAAGGCGUGAUUUGCCAAGGGCCCGUCGGGCCCGAACACAUAAUAUAGGAUUUAAGAAAUUGGUUUUUUGAAGGCUGAUAAACCGAUGCUCUAAAAUGAUGAAAAGGCACGAAUAACCCGAAUAACCAGACUACGAUACGCAGUACGCUAUAGGUUAGGUGCGUUUACGCAUAUAUAUGCAAUAUGCAUACUCCUACUGUUAACCUCUGGUACCAUGGCUGACUGAUUUUUUAUUAUCGACUGGCCGCCCAAAAGUGUCCACCCCCUGGUUAAAGUGUUAAGUCAACUGUCCAAAUCGAUUUUGUUAAUUUACCAUAUCUACAACAUACACAUAUCAGUCAUGGUACAAGUCAGUCCUAAUAUAGUGUAAUAUUAAUUGUUAUACGGCCAAUAAGUAUAUUUUAUGUUAGUAAUUAUAAACUGUUAUUUAAAGAAUCUGUGUUUUAUAAUAUAAGAUAUACUCUGCGGACAGUAAUAGCGAAAUAAAAAUUAUUUACUUUAAGGAGUUGUUUAUUAUUGAGGUAUUAUAAAAAUUUACUAUAAAAAAAAAAGGAAUUACAAAAUUAUGUAGGUACACACACACACAUAUAUAUAUAUUAUAUGUACAUUCAACAUUGUAUACAUGUAAAAAAAGUUAUAGGUCAUCUUACAUAUUUAAAUCGGUAUUUUUUGUACGUGCCUGUAUAUUGUAUUUAUUAUGACUUAUAAAAAGUUAUAGAUAUUAUCUAUUAUAAGUAUGUAUAUGUAUUAAAAAGUGGGUAAUUAUUUUUGUAUUUCAUAUUUAUGUGUAAUUAUAAAAAUCACUUAUUUUAA